GGCCACUGUUUGAGCAAAGGCGCGACGCUGGCGUGUGGGUGGUCGUGAUUUAGACUUUCUGUGUGGAUGUUUAACAUCGUGCUGAGCUUUUGGGGGUAUUUUUCUGCCUGUCAGGUCGAGCUGGUCGCUGUUUGAAGUUGACCACCCGAAGGCUUCAAAGAGAGGAGAUUUUAGAGCAGAGAUCUCGUUUUGACCCCCAUAACGUGAUUAUAAUAGUUUUAUCUUCCACCGAUUCAAACAAUGAAAGAGUUUCUGCAGUGCAUUCUCCUGACUGUCGGAGUGGUCACUGGGUACCGCAGUCCUCUGAAUGACUUCCAGCGCUCGGAGGGCCGAGAGCUCGUUCCUACCUCCUGGAACUCUGCUCGAGUGCAGAUUUUACCAGGCCUGAACCUCGAGGACUGUGCCACACGCUGCUCACAGUCACUGGACUGCAGAGCUUUCAACUAUGAGACUCGUCCAGUUGUCACCUGUAAACAUCUGCCCUGGGUGGGCGAUGGCACCAAUGCAGAAGUGAAGAGAAACGUGAACUGUGAUCUUUAUGAGAAGAAGGUCUAUGUAAGGAAGUGCAUUGUGGGUAAAGGAGAAGACUAUCGAGGCAAAGUGUCCACCACAAGAAGCGGGCUCACCUGCCAACAGUGGUGGUCCAAAUUUCCUCACGAUCACAGGUGGACUCCUACAGCUACCAAUGGUCUGGAGCUGAACUACUGCAGGAAUCCGGAUGGGGAUCGGAUCGGUCCGUGGUGUUACACCACCGACCCGGAGCGACGCUAUGAAAGCUGCAACAUUCCCCAGUGCAAAGAUGAGGUGUGCAUCACGUGUAAUGGAGAGGACUACAGGGGCCAGGUUGACCACACUGUGAAUGGCAGAGAGUGUCAAAGAUGGGACCAGCAGUACCCUCACCAACACAUCUACCAACCUGAAAAGUACCCGGAUAAGAGUUUAGAUGAUAACUACUGCCGUAACCCUGAUGCCUCUCCGGUGCCUUGGUGUUACACCACUGACCCUGAGGUGGAAAGGGAAAACUGUGACAUCAGCCGAUGCACUGAAGUUCACGUGGAGAAGCGCCAGCGCUCCAGCUUCACCACCAACUGUUUCCGUGGGCGUGGGGAGGAUUACCGCGGGAAAGUCAACGAGACGACGUCAGGCAUCCCCUGCCAGCGGUGGGAUACCCAGCAACCCCAUGAGCACCCCUUCUACCCAAACAUAUAUGAGUGCAAGGGUUUGGAGGAGAACUACUGUCGUAACCCAGAUGGGUCGGAGGCUCCCUGGUGCUUCACAUCUGUCCCAGCGAUGAGGACUGCGCUCUGCUUGCAAAUCAAACGCUGUGCAGACGACAUAGAAGCUGAGGACUGUUACCAGGAAAACGGAAGAAACUACAGAGGCACUGUGCGUAAAACUCGUAAGGGCAUAACCUGCCAGAAAUGGAACGUUAACACGCCUCACAGGACAAAGAUAAACCCAAGAACGCAUCCAGAUGCCAAUCUGACAGAAAACUAUUGUCGCAACCCAGACGGUGACCAUCACGGACCCUGGUGCUACACCACAGACCACAAAACAGAGUUUGACUACUGUGCCAUCAAACAGUGCGCUGGGGAGAAAGUGUCUAUCACUGAACCAAUAGAAAAAGUGGAGUUUAGUGAGUGUGGAAAGAGAGAAGACCGGGUCCAGAGGACCAUACUGCGUAUAGUGAACGGGAUUCCUGGGAACUCACCUUGGACGGUGAGCCUGAGAGACAGAAAAGGAAACCACUUCUGUGGAGGAUCCCUGGUUAAUGCUAGAUGGGUGAUCAGCACCAAACAGUGUUUCUCCUCCUGCUACGUUGACCUGCCUGGAUAUUCAGCCAUGAUGGGAACGCUGUUUCGUGAUCCUCAAGAAGGAGAACCCGGUGUGCAAACCAUCCCGCUCACUAAGAUUGUUUGCGGACCUUCUGAGUCUCAACUGGUCAUGCUACAACUGGAAUACCCGGCCGUAUUUAAUGAGCGUGUCUCUCAGAUUUGCCUCCCUCCUGAGCGCUACAUUGUAAGCGAGGGGACGAGGUGUGAAAUUGCAGGAUGGGGCGAGACAAGAGGGACUGGUAAUGAGGCUGUCCUCAAUGUGGCCCACAUGUCUGUUAUUAGUAACAAGGAGUGCAACAAAUACUUCAGAGGUCGUGUUCGUGAAAAUGAGAUGUGCACAAACGCCUUCCAAGCUGGAGUAGGUGCGUGCGAGCGAGACUACGGCGGACCUCUGGCGUGUCAGAACAGGGACUGUUGGGUACUCGAGGGGGUGAUCAUCCCCAUGAGGCGCUGUGGACACCCGGGGCAGCCCAACAUCUUUAUCCGCGUGUCUAUGUACGUGGACUGGAUAAAGAAAGUCAUGGAGAUGGCUUAGAAAGAGAGAGCGCCGUCAAACGCAGAACUGGAUAUUCUGAGUAUUAUCAAAACUUGCGAGACCUUUUAUUGCGCUGAACAUGUACACUUUUCCUCUUCUCAGAUGCCUUUUUGUCAGUAAAAUUUAUCCCUAACACAAAUCCAGAUUUAUAAUUAGAAUGUGUUAUAUGACUUGUAUUACUAUUACAUUACUAUAUCAUGAAAAAAACGUUUUGUAGUAAUGCAUCUUUCGGGAUUUCUUCUGUUAUGUCUGCAUUACGUCUGCAUGAUUUAAUGAAUCCUUUCAGUCGCAGUAACUAACAUUAGGUGGAUCAGAAUCCAGUUUUUUUUUGUUUUGUUUUUUUGCUGCUGGCAGCCAGAAACCAACACAUAUGCCAAAAUAAUAAGAACUCAAUAAUCACACACGCUGACAUGCAAAAUAAAAAGCCAUGCGGAAAAGGUUCAUCAUAAAAAUGUGAGCUGCUUUUCAAAGUUUUUCUUUGAUGAGAUUUUUCAUUUUUAUUACCACUACUUCUCCGGUCUUUAUUCGCCUUUACCCUGAUAAAUGUUUAUCUGCUAACAACUACUUUUUCUUUCUUUUUUUUUAACCUUUUUUUUUGUCAUGUUUAUGCACCACAAACGGGGCUUAAAGGGCUCCUAAUUUUACCCGUUUUUGCACCAACUUCUAAAAAAAUUUAAAAGCUUUCAAACGGAUCAAAUCAAAUGUAGCCCCCGAGGGGUCAGAGGAAAAUAUCGUCCCUAAUUAACUUCCAGUUAGAGCAGGGGUGCGGAGGUUUACGGCACAGUUUCGGAGUUCCUAACAUCCCCUGGAAAUGCACCCUUUAUUGCAAAACUGUACGCCUCCCCUGCUCUCCCUGGCAAUGAAUGGAACUCCGAAAUACCUUCUUUGCCCCCAGCCUCUAAAGAAAUCCCUCCUCUCCCUGUCUUUUGAUGCCUGCCCCCACCUCUAAAGACAUGCCUUUGUGCCUUAUGCAGAACUGUAUGCGCUGCACAUUCUUUCUAGUUCUAUAGGAGGAUUUUUGUAACGCGGUCCUGAUGAGCCCACGGAAUUCAGCUUAAAUAAACCUCAAGAUCAGAGUCCAACCGAAUCUCAGACACCACACGCCGCGGAAGGCCAGUGAACUCUCUCAUACAUUGACACACACACACGCAUAAUUUCUCUCUCGCGACCCCCACCACCACCACCACCAUCUCCUCCCCCUACCUCUACCUUCUCCCCCAUUCUAUCUUUCUGUGUCUUUCUCAGUAAAACUUAAACUUUUCUUCAUCUCAGAUAAUCCCAAGAUUUAUGUUUAUAUUUGUUUGCAGAAAUAGAACCCGAUAAGAGAAAAGCUUAGACCGCGUUCCUGUCUAACUGA